GUGGUCCUCUAUUCUAUAACCAGCCACCCUACCCUGUACUAAUGGAAUUUUUGUUGGUUCUGCAGCUAACUACAGCACCUGAGACUGUGAAACUUUGAAAUCUCUCUUUCUUUAAAAGGCUUUCUUCAUUCUUUUUAUUAUAGAGAGGCCUGAAAUUCUAGAUCUCUCUAUACAUUGUAUUCAGUUUCUUCACUUCCUUUCUUUCUGUCCCUUUUUCUUUCUGUUUCAUGCUCAAGGAUCCUCAAUAAUCCAUCUUAAACCUUGCUUCUGCAACCCCUUCUUAACAUCCUGAUGAAACUUUCAGAUGUUUCAGAUAUCUAUUUUGAUAUUCCAGCCUCAGUUUCUAAAGCUUCUUUCUCUUCUAGUUCUUAUGAAAAACUGAUGCUUGGUUAUUUCCUAGUAGCUAAACUCCUCCCCCCAAACUUUUAAUUUCUGGGUGUUAUUCUUCUCAUUUGCCAAACAGCUUUUAGCAGAAAAGUACUCUCUUUUUUUUUUUUUCUUGUUUAGUUCUGGGGGUUGUGAAGAGUUGUUAGUAGUGUUACAAUUUGUCAAUGAUGGAUCUUUUUCAAAACCCAUCUCCUCUAAAAUCAAACAGCUUUGAAACAGCUAUAUGGGCUUCAAAGCUUGUGCUUAUGUCCAUGGGGGUUAUCACCACUCUUAUUUUGUUGAAAGUGGCAAUAGUCCCAUACACAUUCCACCUUGUUCUCUCAACUCUUCCUCGCCUUUGGGUCUCAGCAAGAAGCUGCUUAACACUACCAUUCGUUUAUAUCAUAGUCAACUUCAUCAUCAUCACCAUUGUAGCUUCCUCCAACUUUAACCACAAAAGAAAUAACCCCGUAUCCUUUUCUGAUUCACAUGCACCCUCUGAUCUUAAGUAUACAACAACCACCCACUCAACCGAGCAAGAAAAUCAAACCAACGAGUCCAAGGAAGAAGAAAAAGAGGUUGAAGAAGAAGUAGAAGUAGAAGAAGAAGAAGAAGAAGAAAAGGGAGAAGCUAAAGACUCUGGUUUGUCCUGCAACAAAUUCAUCACUGACCCAUCACCGGAAAAAUGCACCAACGACUAUUUCUCGCCGGAUUCCGGUGACAAGGGUGAUGACACACUGGAAGCAACGUGGAGGGCCAUAAUGGAGGGACAGGGGAAAACGAUGAAGCCACAGCUGAAGAAGAGUGACACAUGGAGUGCAAGGAUUGCAAAGGCAGAACCAUUCCAUGACAAAGGUGAGGGUGAUGAUGACCCUGUGGCUUGGGCUCAAAAGGAGCUCAAAAAGUCUGAAACUUUCAACGAUAGAGCAUCGUUGAGGAGGGAAAAGUCCAUCAGCCCAGAGGAAUUGUAUCACAGGGCAGAAGCAUUCAUCAAAAAUUUCAAUAAUCAAAUGAAGUUACAGAGGCUUGAAUCUUACCAGCGUUUCAGGGACAUGGUCAAUCGCAGGGUUUGAUGUGGUUAAUCUUUCUUUUUCACCAGUCACAGAAAAAAUUUAGCAAAAUGAGAAUCUCUUGAAGUAUAUUAACCAUUUUAAGGAUUUGCUGUGUAUAUAUUUUUGCUGCUGAGACUGUGUGGAGAAGCCAAGACAAGUAUCACACAUUGUGGACUUUUUUCUCUCGUCAAGUUUCUUGUGACAUAGUGGACAUAAUUUAGUUUCUCCCUAAUAUGUGUUGCUUUUUCUUUUAUCUAGAUCUUUCCUGUAGAUGCUCUACUAGCUAUUCAGAAGUCUAGUGCUUCUUAUAUUACAAAAUGUUUGUAUUGAUUAUAUAGUUUGAACCCAAGGCAGCACUAUAGUUAAGAGGAUUACUUGAAUUGAAUGUAAAAUUUUAUGCAGUCCUAAUU